CAGUGAUUGGCUGAGAGGCGCAUAGUCGCUUUAUAGCACAAAGGUUUUCAGCUCAAGUCUGUUUAUCGGGCCCGUGCAGUAACGACGUUUAGCAAUGCUCUUCAAUAAGGUUUUAAAAGCCGGUGUGCGGUCCGGGUUCCGGCUGCAGAGAUCCAGUUUUGCGGCAUCCGGUGCUGAAGCAUCUCACUCGGGCCAACCAGCAUCUCUCGGCUUCUCUUUUGAGCUGACGGAUGAGCAGAAGGAGUUCCAGCAGCUAGCGAGGAAGUUUGCCCGUGAAGAGAUCGUUCCUGCCGCGGCUGCUUAUGACAGGAGUGGUGAAUAUCCUAUGCCCAUCAUCAGGAAAGCAUGGGAGCUUGGUCUGAUGAAUGGUCACAUUCCACAGGAAUAUGGUGGAAUGGGCUUGUCAAUCUUUGAUAACUGCAUCGUCACAGAAGAGUUGGCUUACGGCUGCACCGGAGUUCAGACUGCUAUCGAGGCUAACUCUCUGGGACAAAUGCCUGUUAUCCUCGCUGGCAGUGACGCACAGAAGCGAAAAUACCUUGGAAGGAUGACCGAGGAGCCUCUUAUGUGUGCCUACUGCGUGACAGAGCCUGGGGCGGGCUCUGAUGUGGCCAGCAUCAAGACUCGAGCUGUACGGGAUGGCGACGAUUAUGUUGUUAACGGGCAGAAGAUGUGGAUCACCAACGGAGGGAAAGCGAACUGGUACUUCCUCCUGGCCCGCACUAAUCCAGAUCCUAAAUGUUCCGCUGGCAAGGCUUUUACUGGCUUCAUUGUGGAGGCUGACACUCCGGGAAUAAUGAUAGGAAGAAAGGAGAUGAACAUGGGCCAGAGGUGCUCUGACACCAGAGGCAUAACCUUUGAGGAUGUGAGGAUACCAAAGGAAAAUGUCCUGAUUGCAGAGGGAGCUGGCUUUAAGAUUGCAAUGGGUGCUUUUGACAACACCCGCCCCCCAGUGGCAGCAGGAGCCACAGGGCUGGCACAGAGGGCCCUUGAAGAAGCUACAAAUUAUGCACUUGAGAGGAAGACUUUUGGCAAAGUUAUUGCUGAGCACCAGGCCGUGUCCUUCCUCCUGGCUGAGAUGGCGAUGAAGGUGGAGCUGGCCCGCAUGGCGUACCAGCGCUCCGCCUGGGAGGUGGACCAGGGCCGCAAAAACACCUACUAUGCCUCCAUCGCCAAGGCAUUCGCCGGGGACAUCGCCAAUCAGGUGGCCUCUGAUGCCGUUCAGGUAUUUGGAGGAAACGGGUUCAACAGCGAAUACCCCGUGGAGAAGCUGAUGAGAGACGCCAAGAUCUACCAGAUCUACGAGGGCACAGCUCAAAUCCAAAGACUCAUCAUUGCCCGAGAGCACCUGGGAAGAUACAAGAAAUGAACUCUGCACACCUGACUCAUCCUCGUUCAAAUGUUUCACCUUUUCCACACAAAUCCUGUGUGUUCUGCUAACAUGGUUAUAAGUUAUUGUUUAACUAGAAAUAGUAAAGAAUAUGCCAUUGCUAUGAUUGUUUGCCUUAACAGAAUUCAGAUGUAGUGUUUUGGUUCUGAUGAGGACCUGUAAUUAGUAGACAACUUUCUAAUUGGGUAACAACAACCAAACCUAUCCCAUUGUUAAAGAAACAUGUUUCCCUAAAGGAGCUCAGAACAGUGGCCUUAUUUGAUGACUUGUUGAGUUGAGGAUGCCCACAUUCAGGCAAAAUAUCACGUGACUGUGUCCUGUAAGGCCACACCAUCUAUAGGUUGUAAAUAGUUGCUGCCAGGCACAAACCCUGCUGUUUUUGGUAGCCAUCUGGACAUUACUCUGUUAGGUGGGUUUUAUGUCAGUGUAAAACCAAGCAGAACAAAUUAAAUCUAUCUGUACAAAUCUAUUUAUCACCAGAAUGUCUUGGUGACUGAGAGAUGCGUGUUUGGUAUUUGGAUUUGUUCAACAUCUUUGGGGGAAAAAAGCAAGCUGUCUGAACAUUACUGUCUUAUUAAAAACAUUUUGGGCCAUAACAACAGUUAUUUGUUUUAGAUAGUGAGUUACAUCUACUGUCUUUGUGGGAUACGUAAAAUGUAUUCUGUGGCAAUCAAACAUAAUCUCCUGUUUCCUAAAUUCAACCAUCAAUCUGGCUUUACAGCCUUGUGUGUACAUAUAUUCAACGAUUUAAGUCCUUAAAUCAUUUACUGUAAUUUUGCAAUUCAUCUGCAUGAGUAUCAAAAUAAAAACAGUUGUACAUU